AUGGCGGACCGCGACUCCGAGCCUUCAGACGUCCUCACCAUGAUUGGCGAAGACCUGGUGCAGUCGCGCGAGCACAAAGCUCCCCAGACAAGCCGAAUUGACUUCGACGGACUACUUCAACCAGAACUGGUACUGCAUCAAGACCUGGCGAAGGGCAAUGGCGGACAGGCUUGGCCUGCCGGAAUGGUACUGGCCAAGUACCUGCUACGCAGAAAGCGGGAUGAGCUGAGGGAGUCUACGAUACUCGAGCUGGGUGCUGGCAGUGGUCUCGUUGGGCUCGCGAUAACAGUCGGGUGCCAGCCAACUACUCCAGUAUGCAUCACGGACCAAAAACCAAUGCUGGCCUUGAUGCAGCAGAACACCGCCUUGAACAAUCUCCAGGACAAAGUCGUCCCUGCUGUCUAUAAUUGGGGUGCGGACAGUCUGGUGCCCGUUGCUGAACAUCCAGACGUUGUCCUCGCAGCAGACUGCGUCUACUUCGAACCCGCGUUCCCACUUCUGCUGGAGUCUCUGGAGGCCCUUAUCGGUCCAAACACAGUCUGCUACUUCUGCUACAAGAAGAGGCGAAGGGCGGAUCAGCGCUUCAUCACUGCACUGAACAAGCGGUUUCUGGUGGAGCCUGCUCUCGACGACCCUGACCGCGCAGCCUACACCCGCCAGAACAUAUUCCUCUACACCAUCCGACGGAAGGAGAAGCGAUGA